UACAAUAAUAUCAAAUAGACUAGUUACCCCUUGCUAGUAAACAACAACAGGAAACCAACAUUACCUCUCUCUCUUCAUUCUUCCUUAUAAAAAGGUACUUCCAGAGCGCAGGAUCUAAGCCGUCACCAUGACUACAGCUGCACGCCCAACCUUCGAGCCCGCAAAGGGUGGCAUGGGGCGUGGGGAAAGGGACUUGAGUGCUCUGUCAAAGCAGUAUUCAGCCAGAGAUCUGCCAUCGCAUACGAGACUCAAGUACCGUGAUCAUGGCCAGUCCACCACUGAUGAGCUCCGCAGCCGUGACUUCCGCCGUGAGCUGGAGGACCGAGAGCGUGCCGCCAGGGACAAGCGCACCAGCAGCAGCAGUGGGAGCAGCAGCAGCAGCAGCAGUAAUCAGAGGGACUCAGGUGCUCCUUCGUCCUCUUCCUCCUCCUCCUCCUCCUCGUCCUCCAAGAAACCCAGGCUUGACCAGAUCGCACCUGCUAAUCUGGAUGCUGAUGACCCCCAAGACGACGAUGAUGAGGCAUCCGACUCAGAUGACUCUGAUGAUGAGGCCGUGCUGUUUGCUGAGCUGGAGCGCAUCAGACGAGAGCGUGCUGAGGAAGAGGCCAAGAAGCAACGGGAGCGCCAGGAGCAGGAGGAGCGCAUCCGCAUGGAGAACAUCAUCUCAGGAAAUCCUCUACUCAAUCUUGCCGCAGCGCCCAAGGCGGACAUGAAAGUCAAGCGCAGGUGGGACGAUGAUGUCGUAUUCAAGAACUGCGCUGCAUCAGAGCCAGACAAAAGCGAAAAGACCUUUAUUAACGAUUCUUUGCGUUCUGAAUUCCACAAAAGAUUUAUGGAAAAGUAUGUUAAGUAAUAACCCCCCCCCCCAACUUUUUUCUCUUCCCAACCACAAAAUAAAUUACUGUGUUUGUAUGUGUAGAGUACCUCAACCUUUUUCUUUGCCCAUUUCUUUUUAAUUUUAAGAGUUUCAUAACACGUUACCUCUUUUGUCGUUUUGUACUAUUAAGGUGAAUAAAAAAAAUGUUUUUUAUCUAGUUAUUAAGAAAUAGAAAGAUACUAACAUUUGUUAUGGUAGUAGGAAUAUCCAGAUGAAUAAAAUGAAAAUUCAGUGCAUGAAGAUCUCCCUUUAGAAUAAAGUUUACUGAUAUGAUGACUUUAGGACUUGUUUAUUCACGAAGAAUUGGCUCUGAAGAGAAAUACAGGAAAGCUGAAGGGUGGAUUAAAAACCUCACUGUUGUAUUAGUGUGAAGAACUGUUAGGAAAAUUCCAAUGUACCUUUCUAUUAUUGAUGAAUAAUCACUAAAAAGUAUCUACAUUGUCAGAAACAAAAUGUACAAGAAUACUUUCAAUAUAUUUCAAUAAAAAUAUAUAAUAG